AUGAAUAGAGAAUAGGAUUCUGCAAAUUCAUCGGCGGAUAGCAUCGAAAUGAGAUAGUUUGGUGAUCAGCAGUUAGAACAUGUUAAUAAUGGUGUUUAAUUGCAGACAGCUAAAUAGAAAGCAUUGACAAUAUCAUUAAUAAAAAACAAGAAAUAAGUUGAGGAUAUUUACGAGUAUUACAAAAGCAAUGAGAUAUAACCUGAAGAAAAAUUGAAAUUAUUACAAAAAGUAUACAAUGAUGAUGUGGUUGAACAUAGUGCUGAUUCAAAGGAAGUGAAAUAAGCCUAAUUGACAUUGCCUGGCUUCUAUAGAAUGUGUAAAUAAAGUGCAAUAUUUGAAUAGUUCACGAAUCGAUUCCAAUUUUCUAUCCCAAUACGCCAGGUUUAUUAUUUUGGAAGGGAUGGGUCGCAACAAUAAUUUUGUUUUUCUUCUAUGAAAUACCAAUCUAUAUUUCGUUUGACAAAGAAGUGUGGGAUGUAAGGAUUGAUAUAAUUCGAGUUUGUACCUGAAUGGACUAUAAUCCUGAUUGCAGUCUUGGCCAUUGUGACAUUUACCUUGGAUAUGUGCCUGGAAUUCCAUAUGGCUUACUAUUCACAUGGAAAUCUGGUAGUCGAUAGAGCCAAGAUCGCUCAUCGAUACUUGCAAACUAGAUUCUUAUUUGAUUUGAUUGCAACUCUGGCCUUAAUGAUUCGAUCGAUUAUGUAGACAUAUAGUGAGAGAUGGUUGUAUCUCUUUUUCUAUUUGAAAUACCCAUCAUUAACCAGAAUAUCAUUUUAGUUUGGUGAGAUAGUGAUGCUUCAUCGUCGAGUAAGAACGAUAUUUUAAAUCGGCAAAGUGUUGGCAGUUUUAUAAUUCGUUUUUAUUCUGUAUGCAUGCAUUUGGUAUUUGGCAUGUUUGUAUGCAACUAACAAUGGAUACAACUCUUGGUUGACUCAUGAAGGCAAUUUCGGAUCAAUAAGUGAACUGACUUAGAUUUAAAAAUUCUUCUACUCUUAUUACUUCAGUGUAGGUACAACAACAACAACUAUGGGGUAUGGAGACAUGUAACCAUUGAAUACUUUUGAAGUGUUGGUUGGCAUGGGAGGCAUAUUAUUUUCAGUUCUCAUCUUUGCAGUGAUGGUCAAUAUCAUAUUUAAAAUAUUAGAAGAAUAUGCUAUCUAUGAUAUCAAACGCUAUCAACAACGAUUGAUAAUCAAUAGGUACAUGAUGGUUAAGGAUGUACCAUAGUAAUUAAGAGAACGUGUCAGGUAAUAUUUGAAUGAACAUUGGUUUUAAGAAGGUAACAGGGAUAUUCAAGGGGAAUAAGAGAUAAUAGGGGAAUUGGCACCAGAGUUGAAGGCUGAAUUGCAAUUGGCCAGUUGUGGGAAGAUACUCUUAUAGAUACCACUAUUUUGUGCAAACUUUUCAAGGGGAUUUUUAAGGGAAUUAUCAUCAACCAUCUAGGAAAUGAAUUACGCAGAAUAUGAAAUGAUAUUCUUGGGAGAGGAUCCUCAAUUUUUGGAUGAUCAAUCAAUAUAUUUCAUUAAUUUAGGAUAGAUUGCCAUAUUCCCCAAUAAUUUCAACAAACAAUUAUAAUUGAAGAAAUUAGGAAAGGGAGAGUAUUUUGGAGAGUACUCAUUUCUUACUGGAUUUGAAAGAAAGGCAUCUGCUUAAGCACUGCAAUAUAGUUAACUCUACAAGAUAAGUAGAGAGGAUUUCCUAUGUACAUUGGCUAAAUUUUCUGAAGAUUACGAGAAGUAUUGGAUGAUUAAAGAUAAGAUUGAAUUUUAGAAGGAUUUCUCAGCUAUAGGACAGUGUUAUACAUGCUAAUCUACAACUCAUUACAGUACUGAAUGUGAAGUGACUCAUUUGGUGGUGGAUGUGAAUAAGUUGAUUGUGUUUAAUUAAGACCAACAGAAUAGAGUGAAAUUCAAGAGGAAGGAGAAGAAGAAGUGGCAGACUUUUGUGAGAAUUGAAUGCUUUAAGGGAGAGGAAGGAGAAGAGGUCAAUCACUUAUAAGUAGGUGUUAAGUAGGAGAUGGAACAGAAGUUGAAGGAAAUUGAUCACGUGCAGUAGGAACACUUGGAUGAUGAUGAAUUUAAGAAGUUUUAGAAUAUCUUAAAAACUAAUUUUGAUACUUAUACCAAUCAAUAUGAGGUUAAGGAAGGUCUGCAAGGUAUGGAUUAGGCAUUCUAAUUUACAAAUUAUUUCACUGAAAACAAUUACCUCAAUCAAUCGGAAUUCAUCAACACUCAGGUUCAGAUGAAGUAGCCGACUCGUGUGUCCAUCAUCCGUAGUAAAUAGAUAUCACAAUAGAGGAGUAGAUAAGCAUCUGUUUAAUAGUGA